UUCCCCCAUUUUCUUUCCUAACCCUAAUCCCUAACUAAUAUUUUCUCUCUCUCUCUCUUUCUCUCACUCUCACUCCUCAUCAUCAUCAUCAUCGUUGUUGUUGUCAUCAUCUUCUUCUUCUUCAAUGGAUCAAGAUCAUCAAGAAAUGCAACUACUCUCCUCACACCCACACCCUUCUCCGUGGGCGGGUCCGUCGCUGGACCUCCAGCUUUCCAUAAGCGUGGCGGGCCCCUUCAAGCCCCCCUCCGCCGCCUCCGUGCGGAGCAGCGUGGAGGCGCUCAAGUGGGAGGCGGCGGAGCAGAUUCGGCUGGCCGCCAUGGAGAAGGCCUACGCCGAGCACAUGAUGGAGCUGACGAGGCGGGAGAUGGAGGUGGCGCAGUCGGAGUUUCUGCGCGCGCGGAGCCUCUGGGAGAGGGCGAGGGAGGAGGUGGAGAGGGCGGAGAGGAUGAGAGAGAGAGCCGCCGCCACCGCCACCGCCACCGCCACCUCCGCCUGCAUGGAGAUCACUUGUCUCUCCUGCAGGCACAAGUUUAGGCCUUGAAAUCUCUUACCCCUCUAAUUUUACUUCUUUCAUUUUUAUGAAUAUAUAUCUAUCUCCAUUUCCGCAUGUAGUGUAAUAUGAGAUGAAAUUAAAUAAUUCAUGGGUUCUUGAUAAGAGGGAAUUGAAUUCAAGAUUUAGAAUCAGAGAUGGCCUUUUUCUAAGCAAUGAUUAAUAAGAUGGGGGUUGCAUCUUGAAAUUCUUAAAAAGGUAAGGCCUUUUCUUUUCUUCUUUUUUUCCCUUUUUUUUGGCUUUAUUUUAUGUAUGGAAAUCUGGAUUCGGAUUACUUGAAAUUUCACAUUUCUGUAAUUAAGUGUAAUGUAUGUAUAGGCAGUGAUUAAUCUUGUUGAUGAAGAUCUUAA